CUUGGCUGACCUGGACAACUCUCUUCGGUUGCAGCCUUGCGCAGUUAUCUUCCCUGUCUGUCCACUUUACUCUGUCAAAAUUCGCACCAUUUGAUGCUCCAUUUCUUCCACAGAUUUCCUCCUCGUAAACUUAACCAUCGGCUAAGACCUUCUCUCAAGCGCACGAUGACGACGCUAAUACCCCUCAGCGAGAUACCAACGCUCCCGCUUCUGUAUAAGCUUCAACGUCUGAGGCCACAUGCCUUACCUGCUCAUCCCGUGAACGAACGGCACAAUGCAAAGAUCGCCUUGAUACGGAAUGACAUCACUAAGCUGCAAGUCGACUCCAUUGUCAACGCUGCGAACGAGUCCUUGCUGGGAGGCGGCGGCGUAGACGGCGCCAUCCACCGUGCCGCAGGCCCUGCGCUCCUACGUGAAUGCCGCACUCUCAACGGGUGCCCUACCGGUUCCGCGAAGAUAACAGAUGCCUACUCACUUCCUUGCAAGAAGGUCAUACAUGCCGUUGGUCCCGUAUACUACAUCACCAAGCGAGACGGGACAAACGAGACUUUGCUUCGAGGGUGCUACAGACGCUCGCUCGAGCUCGCCGAGGAGCAUGGGCUUAAGAGCAUUGCGUUUUCAGCGCUGAGCACUGGCGUGUACGGAUAUCCAUCCCAUGAAGCGGCAGAAGCAGCCGUGAGCGAGGUGAGGAACUUUUUGGACGAGAGGGAAGAUUCGGCGCUGGAAAGAAUUGUGUUUUGCAAUUUCCUCGAAAAGGAUGAGAAGGCUUAUGAGGAGAUUUUGCCAAAGUACUUUCCGAGUGAGGAGGCCGUGGUCGAAGCAGCUGGCUCGAAUGAGCUGGAGGACAAGCUGCCAGAGGCGCCAAAGGAUAAGCCUGCGCCUGAGGGUGCGAUGGUACAGCCGCAGACGAAGAAGUUAAUGGCAAGCCAUGACGACGACGAAUCUGACGAGGAGUGGGAAAAGAUCGAGAAAACAGAUGUGCCACACAAAGCCACCGUGGAGGACGCAGUGGAUGAUGAGGUUGGAGGAAAGUCAAAGGUUUGAGUCACGUCCGUGGAGACAGUAAGAAAUGCGGGCUGAAUAGGCUACCUCUUACGCGCGGACUUGCAAGAGACAUCAUUCGAAGAAAGGACAUGGACGCGACCAUCCGGUUACUGCCCAUUAGGUUUGGCGAUUUGUAGUCCUACUGUGCGUCUAAGGCCCGCCCUUUCGGUCAAAGUCGUGGAUUUGCUCACAACAAAUGACCUGAAGCAGGUGAACUGCUUUGUACGGCGUAAUGGAAAAGCUUUGUAAUGAAAGUAUGCGUCAGUACCUUUGCUCAGCACAUUUAGUUCUACAAUAGUAAGUCUUCGCCUCCGCGAGGCUCUCCGUGA